GUCAGUGCACCCUGCGCAGCUGGUGUGCUUGAACAAUUUUAUGAAAUUCACAAAAUUGAAUGUUUACAAUCCAAUAUACCACAUAAAAGACAUUAGCUGUCAUUAAGCAAUAGAAAAUAAAGCCAUGCUGGACAACGACAGCAGCAACAACAAUUGCAAUCCACAAAAACUGCCACUCGGAGAGCUAAAGUUUGCGCUCUCUGGCCAGGAUGGCGUCAAGCGACAUGUCCCAGCGCUGGAUGAGCAUUGGGUGCGACGAGAGAAGCCUUUUGGUAGCUACAUUUGCCUGAUGAGCUCCUAUGGCAAACUCAAGACGGCUGCCGCACUGGAGGAAUGGACAUUCACGGCCAACAAUUGCCGCCAGGACAUGGAGUUUCUGCUCAGCCUGAGCCAGCACGAAUUCUGGUCGUAUAUGGUGUACGAGGAGUCGGCUAUGGCUGCCAUUGUGACAUUCCUGCAGCGAGCCAAUCCCUACUACAGACAGGCCGAUGUCAGUGAUAAUUCCGCACAGGAUAAGGAAAUAGCACAGGCCAACAAACUCUAUGGCCAGCUGCUGCGGCUCGUUGUGCGUCUCGUACUGCGUCUCUGCACCGCCAAAGAGUCCGCCUCGGAGUGGAUUACACCGCAGCAGCACAGCAGCCUGCUGUACAGCAAUUAUCUAAUCUCUGUGCCGCUCCUCUUCGAUUUGGCCAUUGCCGUGGGCGAUGCCGAGCCCCGAAAUGUGGCGCUGCUAACGCGCAUCUUCGACAGCGUGCUGCGCAUUCAGCCAGAGUACCAAAAGGAUCUCAAGGAGGCGGUGGCCUUCUAUGAGAGUGCAUUUCUCAGCAUGCAGAUACAGGUGGAGAACGAGGGCUGUGAGGGCGCAGGCGGUGGUGCGCCCAUCGAGGGUGAUCUGGAGACGCCCUACGAUGAUGUUGUGCUCUUUGCCUUGGACUGUGCCUACACGCUGCGUCUGUUGCUGCAUCUGCGACCAGAGCUGGUGGAGACAAUCGAGGAGCUGCGUUUGGUCCAAAGCAUUGCCAAUUUCUAUGAUCUGACGGUGCCAAUGCUGUACAAGAAUAUUUAUAUGGUAAACCCCCAAGCGAAUUCCCUGCGCUGGCUGAACGAGACACGCCAGCAAUUUCUGGGCGUGGUGCGUGAUGUCAUCAGCGCACAGCUGACGGGCGGACGUGGACAGCAGCUGGUGGAACUGCUGCAGGAGUGCCUCUCCGCGCAAACCUUUGUCGUGGACUACCAGCGACAAUAUCCGCUCGAGCAUGACAUGCAAACGCUGCUCAAUCGAUGUCCCAACAUCAAAAACUACAAAGUGGACUUUGUCGUUUCGGGUUAUCAGAAGGCGGUUAGCUCCUGUCCGAGUGGCGUUAUGGCCGAAGAGCUGGACGGCAGCCCGGAGGAAUCAUUUGAUGCCGACGAGGAGGAGGAGGAGGAGGAGCAGCAGUCUACGAACGUUUCGCCACUGCCUCAAGCCAGCAGCGGGUCGUCGCGUGACAUUGAUCUGGAGGUGAGCGCUGUGCUGGAUGUGCUGCCCGAUCUGGGCAUGGGCUUCAUACGUGACCUGCUCACACGCUACGAGAACAGCGAGCAGGCGAUUGCCGCAAUUUUGGAUGACAAUCUGCCACCGGAUCUGGCCGCCAUGGAUCGCCAGAAGGUAUAUGUGCCGCCCGAUCCACAGGAUAAGCAGCAAAGCCAAACGGGCAUACGACAUUAUAAUGUGUGCGAUGGCGAUCGCUACGAUGUCCUCACACAUGACAAGCCCGCGUGCAUUAUCAAGCAGGGCAAGGGUCUGCCCGGUGGUCCGCGCAACGCGGAGCAGCUGCUCGAUGACAAGCGGGAUGUGAAGCAGCUGAAGGAGCGCUAUCAGCAGUAUGCCAUGGUCGAGGAGUCCAACCACGAUGACGGUGAAUAUGACGAUGAGUAUGAUGAUAGCUACGAGGCCCUCAACGAGGGUCAGGCACCGCCAGUGAGUCUGCUGCGUGCACGCAUGCAGGCGGCGGCAGCAACCCCCUCUCACAGCGCUGCCUACGAGACGCAGGAUCAGGAGGAGGAUGACGACUACAGCUCCGACAGCAAGUCCGACAAGGCGGCGCCGCGUGGCGGUGCUGACUUUUGUGAGAAUCCAGAGGUAAUACGCGCCCGCUAUCAGCAACGACAAAUGGCCAAAUAUGGCCAACGCGCUGGCGGUGGCGCUGUGCCACAGCCAAGUCACACUGCUGGGGUCACUGGUGCGCCCAAGGGUCAAGGGCAGACGCAGCAAACGCAGCGCAAUCGCGGCCACAAGGAGGCCAACAAAUCCUCGCGUGCCAAUCACAAUCGCAAGGCAGGUGCAGCCUUCAAGCGUAGCAAAGGAAUGAUGUCCUAAAACACCGACAAUAAACCAAUCAAUUCCUUG